GGAAGAGAACAAGAGAAGAGAAGUAAAAGAAAAAAAAGUUGAAGUUGAAGAUAAUUGAGUGACUGCUUGAAUUCUUGAUCUUGAAUAAGGUUCCUGUUGCUGUAGGGGGAUAGAUUAAACUAAGUCUCUGAGAUCUACAGUAUGUCAGAACAAGACGCUGAAAACAUGUCUCAAACCAAGGAUCAAAGCUCUGAGUCCAACAACGACCACGUGUUUGUCAAACCUGAGAUGACAACCGGUGAAGUUGAAAAGAUGGAGGAAGCAAAAUUAAAAGCCAAAUAUCCAGUUGCUCCUUUAAGUGGACAUUCAGCAUUCCUAGCGAAGAAACUGGCCAAGGGGCAAAAAUACUUUGACUCUGGUGAUUAUCAAAUGGCAAAGCAGACGACAGGGAUGAAGAUGAGACAGCAGCAAGCGCCUCAGGCCAAUCUGGCGUUUGGCACCGGUGAAGCCAUCCCGACACCGGAGUCUGUCCCUGCUCGCAAGACGUCCAUCAUACAACCCAAGUUUGCCCCCAGUUCAGCGACAUAACCUAGUGAGGAGAUGAAAACUUUUGUGCCAACGAACAGAUAACUGUGGCAAACCUCAGCACAAUCUGGAUCUUAUAAGUUGUUAGAUAUGAUUGAACGAUCCUGGUGUCCUUUAUGUUCUGGUUCUUAAACAUCACGUUCACCGAAAAAUACUCACGGGGUGUGUGUGUCAAGUAACAGUGAAAAUUUUCGAAAGUAGUUUUAUAUGAAAUGUUCCUUGAGGAUUUGCUAAACGUUUCUAAUUUUCUAAGCUUAAUUCGACACUUGUUAAAUUAUUGGUAAGCGUUCUAAUGUUUGUAUAUAUUUGAUAAAUGGUGUUGAAGCAGUAUUGUUGUGUAUAUGAGGAACUAAAUGAAAUCAAAAAUUUUUCUCUUUCCCCUCGUUAAAAUGUAGUUUUGUUAGGCUUGGUUUUUGAUCAAAAUUAAUUUAUGUCGUAGGUUUAACAUUAGUUAAGUUAGUACUCAUUUUACUUCAUUUCUUACUUUAUUAUCGUAUUUAUUGAUUGAUUCAGUUUGUGUCAUGAUAUUUACUCCAAUUUUAUUGUAAGCAGAAGCUAAACAAAGUGUUAUAAUUAAAACGGCUUCUGUUGA